CACGCCUCGCUCGCACCGAUCACACCCGCAGCUCGUUAUUGGACCUGAAAUACUCGGAAGGGCGCCAGUGUAUAGCGAAACAAAAACAACUCUGGGUGUUUCCGGCGAGGGCGCCGUCAAAAUAAUGUUUACUGCCCGUUCUCAGACUCAGACUCUCUUGUUUUGACAUUCUAACCGGAAGAGGCGUAACCCUUACUACGCGGGUUCGUAGCGCAUUGUAUCGACUUACCGACGAUGUAGCUGGUUUCUACGUGAGUAACCGUGGGAGACCGGUGCGUCGUGCACGUCACGAGGUAGCGUUAGUUAGUGUUGCUGAGUGUGUCAACAGUAGCAGCUCUUCUUCCGUCUCCAGGGUUCGAACUUGUGAGUCCUGGAAAGUGCGUCAGAGUCAUGCUGUUGUUUUCCUGUUGACCUUUGCCCCGUGUACCUGGCACCUUCACUUCCUCUUUCAUCGUUCCAACUGAAUCACUUCUGCUGCUACUGUCCCAGUUGUCUGUCUGUCUGUCUGUGUUCUUUCUUGCUGCCAAGUGCUCCACCGCUACACUCCUUUGAUGCGAAUCCAGAUCAGUCAUCGCAAGAAUUUGACCCCAAAACAUCUUGAAUGUUGUUUGAAAACAUAGCUGGUCAGCGCAAACUGCAAUAAAUACACGUUUUUCCUCUGAAAAGAUAGCACCGGGUGCUCAUCAUGGCCGAGUAUUUCCACAUUAACACUCCACUGUUGGAGAGCGUCGCCAUGUCCAAACGACUCGGAACCACCGUCUAUAUGAAGAUGGAGAAUUCGCAACCUGCUGGUUCCUUCAAGAUCCGCGGCAUCGGCCAUCUUUGCAAGCAGCUCGCCUCCAAAUCCAAAGGAGUGGUCUGCUCUUCCGGGGGAAAUGCCGGGAUGGCAGCUGCCUACGUAGCCAGGAAGAUGCAGAUGCCGGCCACCAUCGUCAUCCCUUCUGCAACUCCUCAGCUGGUGGUCAAGAGGCUUCAGGAUCAGGGGGCAAAUGUCAUAAUGGCUGGCAAGGUCUGGGACGAUGCCAAUGCAGAAGCUCUACGGCUGGCAGACCGUGAAGGGCUCACCUACGUCCCUCCCUUCGAUCAUCCCCUGCUCUGGGAGGGCCACGCCAGCAUGAUGUCGGAGGUGGCGUCAAGUCUUGGUCCCUCUGCAAAGCCUGGAGCGGUUCUGCUGUCCGUGGGAGGAGGAGGCCUCCUCUGUGGGGUUGUGCAGGGCUUGAAGGAUGUGGGCUGGGCCGAUGUCCCUAUCGUCGCCAUGGAGACGGUCGGGGCGGACUGCUUUAAUGCCGCGGUCAAUGCGGGGAAGGUGGUCACCUUAGAUGACAUCACCAGCGAGGCCAAAUGUCUUGGUGCAAAAACGGUGUGUGAGAAAGCCUUUGAAUACAGUCAGAGCGGCGACGUCGCCAUCAUAUCUGAGGUGGUGACGGAUCGGGAGGCUCUGCUGGCUGUGCAAACAUUCCUGGACGAAGAGCGAGUGCUGGUGGAGCUUGCCUGCGGCGCUGCACUGGCCGCCGUCUACUCUGGAGUGGUUCAGAGACUUCAGACUGAAGGACGUCUGCCCGCCAUCCUGGACUCGGUGCUGCUGGUGGUGUGUGGGGGCAGCAGUGUGGACACAGAGCAGCUGUCACUGCUGAAAGACAAACUGCAGGCAUGAAAAAGAAAACAGCGAACCAAAGGAAUUCAUGUUUGAAGUUGAAAUGUUCCAACUUCAUCAUAAUGUUGCUCAAAUGUCUUUCACCGUAUAUCCUGUUUGAACCAAGCGUCAAACUCCAUGUUGGUGUGUGCUGAGAUGGAAGGUUGAUGUUUUUCUGUUGGAUUCGCACAUGAACCUAUUCCACCUUGUCUUUCUUCAA